UUGCAACUCCAAAGUUGUUUAAACAAGAAACAACUUUCAAUCUUUUUUCUCUUUCUUCCUUCUUUUGUUUUACCAACUCUCUCACAAUGUUGGCAACAAGACAGGUUCUCGCUGCUGCGAAGCGGCGAGCAAUCACCGGCAUGAGCAUUCGCACAAUGGCCACUGUUGGUGAUUCCCCGCUUGAUAAACAAGUUAGACAAAAUAUCCACGAAAAGAACAACUUCAUCAACUACAAGAAGAUGUCCGAGAACCUCUCAAUUGUUCGUCAAAGAUUAAACAGACCUUUGGCAUAUGCUGAAAAGAUUCUCUACUCACAUUUGGAUGAUCCUCAUGGUCAAGAGAUUGAACGUGGUGUAUCAUACCUUAAGCUUCGACCUGACAGAGUGGCUUGCCAAGAUGCUACUGCUCAAAUGGCUAUCUUGCAAUUCAUGUCCGCUGGCAUGCCUUCUGUCGCAAACCCCACCACCGUUCACUGUGAUCAUUUGAUUGAGGCACAAGCUGGAGGUGCUAAGGAUCUUACUCGGGCUAUUGAUAUCAACAAGGAGGUCUACGAUUUUCUCUCUACUUCUUGCGCAAAAUACAACAUUGGUUUCUGGAAGCCAGGUUCCGGUAUCAUUCAUCAAAUUAUCCUCGAGAACUACGCUUUCCCAGGUGGUCUUCUCAUUGGUACUGAUUCGCACACACCUAAUGCCGGUGGUCUCGGUAUGGCUGCUAUCGGUGUUGGUGGAGCUGAUGCUGUCGAUGUUAUGGCCAACCUUCCUUGGGAGUUAAAGGCACCAAAGGUUAUCGGUGUUAAGCUCACUGGUGAACUCUCUGGCUGGGUUACUCCAAAGGAUAUUAUUCUCAAGGUUGCUGGUAUCUUGACUGUUAAAGGUGGAACUGGUGCUAUUGUUGAAUAUUUCGGACCUGGAACGAACUCCAUCUCGGCCACAGGAAUGUCUACAAUUUGCAACAUGGAAAGUAUAAUUCAGUUCCUCUUUAUUAUCUGUUACUAACAAUUUUAAUAGGGUGCCGAAAUUGGUGCAACAACCUCUCUUUUCCCAUUCAACGACCGUAUGUACGAUUACCUCGCUGCUACUAAGCGUACCGAGAUUGGAGACUUUGCUCGCACAUACUCCAAGGAACUCAGGGCGGAUGAAGGUGCACAAUACGAUGAAUUAAUUGAAAUUAACCUUUCCGAGCUCGAACCACACAUCAACGGUCCAUUUACUCCAGAUCUUGCCACUCCUAUCUCCAAAUUCAGUGAGGCCGUUAAGGCUAACAACUGGCCUGAGGAAUUGAAGGUCGGACUUAUUGGUUCUUGCACAAACUCUUCAUAUGAGGAUAUGACUCGUGCUGCUUCUAUCGCUCGUGAUGCUAUGGAUCAUGGUAUCAAGGCCAAGUCUCUUUUCACCGUUACUCCAGGUUCCGAACAAAUUCGUGCUACUAUCGAGCGUGAUGGUCAAUUGGAAACUUUUGAACAAUUCGGUGGCAUGGUACUGUAAGAAUUCCCCAACCUAUAAACUUCAUCUUUUUCUUUUACUAUAUGCCCAAUGCCCAAGGCUAUUGGGGUGUCUCACCCGUCAGAUUAGUCAAUCCUAUUGAUUGUUCUAAGUACUCAAAUGUUUAGUCGCGUUUGGGUAUCUUGAAUGUUCAAAUUGGUUUGGAUAUUUCGUUGUCAUUUAUCUCAUUUUUGGUUUCUUGAUACUGAUGUUGAUUUUAAUUUUCUAGUGCUAAUGCUUGUGGACCUUGUAUCGGUUAGUACCCCUUUAAUUUUUUCCCCCUUUUGCUACCCCUCAGGAAUGCCCUUUUAAUUGCCAAGAAUACUUGAGACGCUGAGAUAUUUUCAAUUGUCAAAAGUACUUGGGACAUUGAAGCUCAACUGUCAAAAGCACUUGAGACAUUGGGGCCUUUUCAAUUGCCAGCAGUACUUGAUACAUUGAAAUGCCCUGUUGGGGAGGUAAUGUCGUGCUCCAACUUCAAGGCGUCUUAAUUGUUCACAACAAUUAAGACAUUGGAAUACCUCAUUUCGGAAUAACUCUCCACGCCUCUUUCAUUCAUUUUCAUGAAUAUUUACUGACCUUUUAAAAAGGACAAUGGGAUCGUAAAGAUGUUAAGAAAGGAGAAGCCAAUUCGAUAAUCUCAUCUUACAACCGUAACUUCACUGGACGUAACGAUGCCAACCCUGCUACCCACUCUUUCGUCGCAUCACCAGAUAUGGUCGUCGCCUUGACCAUUGCUGGAUCCCUACACUUCAACCCUCUCACCGAUACCUUGAAGGAUAAGGAUGGCAAGGAAUUCAAGUUGUCUCCACCUACUGGUGAUGGAUUGCCAUCAAGAGGAUAUGACCCGGGACAAGACACUUACCAAGCACCACCUACUGAGCGUGCUUCGGUCAGUGUUGCUGUUUCACCAACCAGUGAUCGUCUUCAACUUUUGGAGCCUUUCAAGCCAUGGGAUGGAAAGGAUGCUUUGGACAUGCCCAUCUUGAUCAAGGCCAAGGGAAAGACCACUACCGAUCAUAUCUCCAUGGCUGGUCCAUGGCUCAAGUACCGUGGACAUCUGGACAACAUCUCCAACAACAUGUUGAUUGGUGCCAUUAACAGCGCAAACGGUGAGGCCAACAAGGUUAAGAACUUCACCACCGGUGAAUUUGAUGCCGUUCCAGCUACUGCCAGAGACUACAAGAAGAAGGGCAUCCCUUGGGUUGUUAUUGGUGACUGGAACUACGGUGAAGGAAGUUCAAGAGAGCACGCUGCUCUUGAGCCAAGACAUCUUGGAGGUCUUGCCAUCAUCACUAAGUCUUUCGCUCGUAUUCACGAGACUAACUUGAAGAAGCAAGGAAUGCUUCCUUUGACUUUCAUUAACCCAGAGGACUAUGACAAGAUCGAUCCAUAUGACAAGGUAUGAAUGAUCAGCAAUUAUCUUCCUAAAGCAGAGCUAAUCAUUUUCACCUCUAGGUUGACCUUAAGUGCACUGAACUCGCCGUUGGUAAGCCAAUGACUCUCAAGGUUCACCCAAAGUCCGGCGAGCCAUUCGAAAUUAAGCUCGCUCACACUUUCAACGCCCCACAAAUUGAAUGGUUCAAGAAUGGAAGCGCUUUGAACACAAUGGCAAAAACGAAUGCAUAAAUGAUUAAAAUACAUUGGGUGCGGUUGUGGUGUUGGACGGUGGUUUACGAGAACUAAAUCUUUCGGACUUUCGGAGCUAACGGGUUGCUCUGGUCUGCUACUGUAUUUUGUUCACGACAGUGGAUCUUUUUUUAGUUAAUGCUUUUACAGUUUACUCCCGUACAUUAGGCCU